AUGAAAUCCAACAAGGGAGCUGCCACAAAAAAGGAGAUAUUUGCAGGACCUUCAUUUAACGACAUGCCUGACAUGGAGACACUUCCAAUUCCAACAAUUCCCGACGGAUUUACAGUAAAGAUGCAGAAAGAGAAAAAGCCCAAGGCAAAGAAGCAAAAGGCAAAGGCAAAGAAGGCAGAGCAGAAGAAUAAAUAA